AUGAUGGCGGGCUUUAUCGCCAUGAUCAUGCUGAACCUCUCGCACGCACACAGCGAGCUGGACAGCGUCCAGAACACCGCGGAGGUGCAAGCGAGGGAGAUCAAGGGCCUGAGCCAGGCGCACAACCAGCUGUCGGCAGACCUCAGGGAGAAGUCCGCCAGCUGGGGAGAGCUUGCAGCAAACGUGGACAAGCAGAAGGCCGCUUGGAUGCAACGUGGCUUUGAGCUUUGUGGCAGCGGGCCUCUUGACGAUCUCGAGGUGAUGAUCGAGCAGCAGGAGCAGCGCAUCGCGAUCGUGAGCGAACAAGAGCCCGGGAUUCCCGGAUUUUUGGAGUUCGGCUCGGUUGUAGGUGUCAGGGAUGCUUCUUCCGGCUUUUUCUGCCCAUAG